AUGAGGCUGCGAGAAGAUGAUUUACUAAGCGAAGAUGAGGAGAUUGGCGAUGGCAGCGGCUAUGCAGCUGAAUGUAUUCGUGAGCCACAUUCUGAUAACGAGGACGCCGAUUAUAUUACGCAGUCAACCACCGGCAUCGGCUCAACGAGCUACGAUUGUCCAGACAGCGAUCGAGACACACCGACACUGGCCUAUUCCGACAACGAAUCAGACACACCGACCCCAGCAAACUGUUCUAAGAGCGAACGAGCUACAUCAAUCUAG